UUUGUGUUAAGUUACCAGUAAUCACACUUUUGCAAUGUUCAUGAUGACAUCGAUUAAUCAUUGGGUGAUAUCAGCAUUAUCCAGCUCAGUAUGAAGUAGAUCUGCGAAGAAGAUUGAAACAACUCAAGUCCGGGAUCUCAUUCAGAAUGGCUUGUGGAGGAGUAAACAACUGGGACCUCCUUUGUCCUGUUUGCAAGACCUUCAUUGAAAAAGAUUGUUUUAAUGACAUUCAAGCUUCUUUGGACUUACAUUAUUUGAACAUACAUCCAACAUUAAAAGCAUUGUUUAUAUUGAAGAAACAAAAAAUAGUUUUUAACGAGGAUAAAGUCUAUGGAGAGCUAAAAGAAUGUACCAACUAUAUAAUUUGCCCGGUUUGUGAAAAUUUAGUUGAAAUUUUCCAAAACAAUAUUAACCAUUGCUUCAUGGAGCAUUUUGAAAUUUGUCAUCAACAAAUUCAUGAAUUGGAUUCUGCAAACAAUUUAUCUGUAAAAAAACAAACUGAACAUUUCACUGAGGUGAAGAAUAGAGACAGAGACAGUAUUUCAAAUUUAAAAACUUUGACAUUGACAGACCAACCUUGUAAAUCGUUUGAUUUGUCACAAGAUUUGGAAAAUCACAGAGGUUAUAUAACUGUAAACAGCAGUAGUUUUGUUUGCCAUGUCUGUGGUGAAACGUUGAAUACAGAGCAGAUGGUUGAGUAUCACUUAAAAACUAAAAGACAUGAAGAUAAUGUAAUCAUCUGGCUGAAAGGUAAACUAUCUAAUCACAUGCAGAGUACUAUGGAGUAUGUAUCAUUUUACGGCUCUAACUUAUGUUGCAACCUUUGUAGAUGCAAAAUAGAGAUGAACUCACAAAAUCCUCAAGAGACACUACUGAACGUCAUUUCUCACAAUAAUGAUGUAAAACACUCCCAAGCAAAAUCCCUCAAGAAUCCAAAAGACAACAAUAGUAGUUUAGGAAUUUUAGAAUUAAUAACAGAGAAAAACUCCUUGAUCAAUCAACAUAAAGAAUUCAUUGAGGCUGAAAUCGAGCCACGUUUCAGUUGUAAAUUGUGUGAGAAAAUAAUUCAUUUCAACAAAAAUAAUUUUGAGCUAGAGCAAAACUUCCUUACACAUAUUAAUAGCAAGUUGCACAGUGAGAACUCCAAAGCAAUUCGUGUUUUGAGGCUUUUCAAAGAUAUGAAUGGCGACAGGAAUGGAGUGCACUGUUUCUCUGUUUUGAAUGGCAGUAUUAACUGCACACAAUGUAACUCUUUGGUGCCAGCCAACAUCGAACAGUUGUUAGAACAUUGUAAAAGCUACGAGAAGUUAAAAUCAGACAAAUUUCUUAAGAGCCCUCUGUCGACCAAUAAACUUCCUUCGACCAAAAAUAACAAGUUCCCUUUGAAUAACAGUUCUGAUACUGGAUUGGCUAACUUGAUGUCUUCUGACGAGACCCCACUGAAGCCUCAUCACUCAAGUCCCAUGGCCCAACCGAAGGAAAAUAUGACCAAAGGAACAAGUAAACUCAAUAUUAAAGAAAUACUCCUACCCCUGAAAAAUCAAUACGGAAACAUCACUUGCAUGGCUGAGAAUGAAAAUGGCAAACUGGUAUGUGUGAUUUGCAACUGUUCAGUCCAACCAUCGACUCGCUUUGUGAAAAUUCAUCUCUCAGGAAAGUUUCACAAGAACAAAACUCAAUGUCAAAUUAAACAGCUCAGCGCUCUAAACACUGGGGAAGAAGCUUGCAGAGACUUGAAACUUAACAGCGACGGUGCUCGAGAAUCCUACCACUUGUUGGUCGAACACUUGUUUCAGUCGCUCCCACAAAGGUUUCAAGAUGAUAAAGAUUUUUGCACAAUCAAUCUCACAGAUGGUUCUGUCCAUUGUGUACUGUGUAACUGUACCAUUGAUCCAAUGUUUUUGAAAGAUCAUCUUCAAGAAGAAGGUCAUCUUGCUCAAAAGCAACUACAAAGCUUGUAAAUAUUUACUGUCCAAAUUGUUGCAAUUGCAACCAAACUAUUCAUCCGUAUAUUCGUAACACUAUACGGACCAGAUUAAGUAUGGAUAAAUGUGCAACUGCAAUUAUGUAAUUCUCAAGUGACCACUAGUGUAUGUAUUCGCUACUGUAUAUAUAUAUAUAUAUAUAUACUAGCAGAAUACCCGUCCUUCGUACAGGGUUAGACAAUAGACAACAUAAUAAAAUGUAUAAGUAUAAAAUGGUUGGCAUAUAAGUAUAAAAUGCUUAUUACAGUUAUACUCAAGCUUUGCGUUUUCAAUGGGGGACUGUUGAUCAAAUUUCCUUUCUUAAUUUACUGUAUACUGAGGAUUUGUAUUACACAUCUACUAUAGCCAUAAUGUUCUACCACUUUACCUAAAUAAUAGAGAACAAAAAAUUUAAAAUAUCACAAAUUAUUCAUGAAAUUAAAAACAUAAACAUAACUCUAAACAAUCUUUGACAGUUCUCAUUGCGUAUCACAGUUUUUUUGUUGCUGCCUAGUUCAAAUUAGCUGUUUUCAUAAAUGAAAAAAAAUAAUAGUGCUGAACCCUGUUGGUAAAUCUUAUAACUUUUUAAUGCUUUUGCAUACCAUCGAACCAACUUUUUUAGUUAAAACAGCUGACUGUAUUCUUUAAUUCCCUUUGAAUACUCAUUAGGUUAACAUGGGGAACUACAGAGCCACUGGGGCGGAGCCCGAAAGGAUUUUUGAGAUAAGAAUAUGCCUAUAUGUUAAUCGGGAAUGUGAGCUAUCAGCUAUCAUCAUGCCAAAUUUCAGCCCAAUCUGUCCAGUAGUUAAUGCGUGAUUGAACUUCAAACAAACAAACUUUCACAUCAUACUAAUAUUAUUGUGUGUUUGUUUGUUCAAUCACGCAUUAACUAUUGGUCGGAUUGAGUUUAAAUUUGGUAUGAUGAUUGAUAGCUCACAUUCCCAAAUAACAUAUAGACGUAUGACAUAUUCUUAUCUAAAACAUCCAUUCGGGCUUCGGCCAAGGCCCCACUAGAAAAAACAGGCCAUGCUGCAGGAUCCAUGACGUCACACUAGUGGAUGGAUUUCAUUGAUAAAUUCAUUGCCAUCACCAUUCCCAUAUGUUUUAGGUAAAUAAACAAGCUGGCUGUUUGUAAGAUUUUAAUGGUAAGAGUUUAGUACAACUAUCCACCACUGUGACGUAGUGUUGCGCUACCCGCGCUGCAGCAUGGCCUGUUUUUUCUAGUGGGGCCUUGCUUCGGCCCAGUGGCUCUAGAAUUUUUCAUGUUAACCUUAUGAGUAUUCAUAUUUAAAAGGAAUUAAAGAAUUUUUCCAGCUGUUUCAAGUACACAAGUUGGUUAUAAGGUUUACCAACAUGGUGAAGCACUAUCAUUGUUAUUAAUCAUU